CCUCCUACUGAAGCCAUGGUCUUCUCCGCAGGGCUGACUGCGUCCCAGACUGGGGCAACCAACACGACGUACGUAGUCUAUGAAAACACGCCCGUGAACAUGACGGCCCCGCCACCAGUCCAGCAUCCUGGCAUUGGGCCGCUGCUUAGGUACAGUUUUGACACCCUGGCUCCCACGGGGACGAGUUCCUUGACCGUGAAUAGCACAGCUCUACCCCCAACACCAGCAGCGUAUCAGACUGGCCUACACCUGCCUCUGCAAAUCAUCCUUUCUGCUAUCAUGAUAUUUAUUCUGUUUGUGUCUUUUCUCGGGAACCUGGUGGUGUGCCUCAUGGUUUACCAAAAGGCCGCCAUGCGGUCUGCCAUUAACAUCCUCCUGGCCAGCCUGGCGUUCGCAGACAUGUUGCUUGCAGUGCUGAACAUGCCCUUUGCCUUGGUAACUAUUCUCACCACCAGAUGGAUUUUUGGGAAAUUCUUCUGUAGGGUGUCUGCCAUGUUCUUCUGGCUGUUUGCGAUCGAGGGGGUCGCCAUCCUGCUCAUCAUUAGCAUCGAUAGGUUCCUCAUUAUAGUCCAGCGGCAGGACAAGCUAAACCCCUACAGGGCUAAGGUUCUGAUCGCAGUUUCUUGGGCUGCUUCCUUUUGUAUAGCUUUCCCUUUGGCUGUAGGCAGCCCUGACCUGCAGGUACCUUCCCGAGCCCCCCAGUGCGUGUUUGGGUACACAACCAGCCCAGGUUACCAGGCUUACGUGAUUCUGAUUUCUCUUAUUUCUUUCUUCAUACCCUUCCUGGCGAUACUGUAUUCGUUUAUGGGUAUACUCAACACGCUUCGGCACAAUGCCUUGAGGAUCCACAGCUACCCUGAGGGUAUAUGCCUCAGCCAGGCCAGCAAACUGGGUCUCAUGAGCCUGCAGAGACCCUUCCAGAUGAGCAUCGACAUGGGCUUUAAAACACGUGCCUUCACCACCAUCUUGAUCCUCUUUGCUGUCUUCAUCGUCUGCUGGGCCCCGUUCACCACGUACAGCCUUGUGGCCACGUUCAAUAAGCACUUUUACUAUCAGCACAGCUUUUUUGAGAUUAGCACCUGGCUGCUUUGGCUCUGCUACCUCAAGUCUGCAUUGAACCCCCUGAUUUACUACUGGAGGAUUAAGAAGUUCCACGAGGCCUGCCUGGACAUGAUGCCCAAGUCCUUCAAGUUUUUGCCGCAGCUCCCUCGUCACACAAAGCGACGGAUACGCCCCAGUGCUGUCUACGUGUGUGGGGAACAUCGGACGGUGGUGUGA